UAGACGCACAAAACGACCAAGAGCCACAAAUCAAGCACACAUAUCAAAAAACAAAUGAGCUCUUAUUUUGUAAACUCAUUUUGCGGUCGCUAUCCAAAUGGCCCGGACUACCAGUUACAUAAUUAUGGAGAUCACAGCUCGGUGAGCGAGCAAUACAGGGACUCCGCCAGCAUGCACUCCGGCAGGUACGGAUACGGCUACAAUGGCAUGGAUCUCAGCGUCGGGCGCUCUGCUUCCACCCACUUUGGUGCCAAUGAGAGACCCCGCAGUUACCCGGCCAACACCACCUCUGCUUCGACAGAGCCCAGGUACAACCAGCCCGCGACGUCUUCUCACUCGCCUCCCCCUGACCCUCUGCCCUGCACCGCCGUGGCCGGUUCGCCUGUCAGUGAGAGUCACCACGGGGUGAAAAACUCCCUCGCCAACUCCACCAGCACUUCGUCCAAUUCCAGCAGCAACACGCACAUCAGCAGAGACGGGGUUGGCACCUCGUCUGGGACUGAGGAAGACACUCCAGCAAGCAGCGAGCAGGCAAGUGCCCCGAGCGACCAAAGCACAGCCCAGCCUUCACAGCCCCAGAUCUACCCCUGGAUGCGAAAACUGCACAUAAGUCAUGACAACAUAGGGGGACCAGAAGGGAAAAGGGCUCGGACUGCUUACACCCGCUAUCAGACCCUGGAGCUGGAAAAGGAAUUUCACUUCAAUAGAUACCUGACCCGCAGAAGAAGGAUUGAAAUAGCACAUGCUCUUUGCCUCUCAGAGAGACAAAUAAAGAUCUGGUUCCAAAACAGGAGAAUGAAAUGGAAAAAGGAUAAUAAGCUGAAAAGUAUGAGCAUGGCAGCUGCAGGAGGGGCAUUCCGUCCCUAAGCGUUUGAUCAAUUAAAAGUACUGAGCAGUAUUAGCUGACCCUGCGUCUCAUGUCAGUACUAAGUUGACUUUCUAAAACUUCCUUGUGUUACUUCUGUGAAGAAACCCUGUUCUUGUCGCCCUUAUUCAUCUUUUAAUCAUGAGCCUGUUUAUUAUCAUUCUCUCGCGUGUAUAAGUAGAUCUGCUUUUAUCGUACAUUUCUUUGUCUUGAAUGGCUUUGUCUUGAAAAAAUAAUAGAUGUUUUAACUUAUUUAUAUGAAGCGAGCUGUGUUACUUGAAGUAACUGUUAAAACAAAACAAAACUAAGGAAAAAAAGGAACAAAAAAUAAGGUUAAAAAAAGG